GACAGUUUUUCAACCAAAUCCGCUGGUGCUCUUUUUUCACUGGGUGUUUUUAAAUAAUUAAGGAAGAAAACAAAGUUUUACUAUGAUGAGCAUCCUGAUUACACUGAUGACCUUCCUCCUCUUCCUCAGCGCCGUCGGCACGGCAGCUGAACCCGGAUCAGUUCUGUCAGUCGAAUACAAACAUGUGAAAUCUGGUCACACCUGGAAAGAUGCACAAGAGUUCUGCAGAAAAAACUUCUUGGACUUGGCCACCAUCUACAACCAGGGACAUGCAAACAAUCUGUACCUGUUGGAGUAUGAAGCCUGGAUUGGUUUACACAGAGGAACAUCAAACACAUGGGAGUGGAUCGAUGGAGGAGAUUAUAAUAUUGACUGGGCAUCAAAUGAAGAAAGUAAUGAUGGUGAAAUGUGCGCUGUACUCGGCUACCAUUACUACUAUUACAGAAAGAUUUAUAGCAGAGACUGUGAAAUGAAAUCAUUCGCUGCGUGUCAGAUAAUAACCAGCAGCUCUACAACCAUAACACAGAAGAUGAUGAGUUGGUCCGAGGCGAAGGAUCACUGCAUGAGUAUCAGUCAGAAGCUGGCAACUUUUACAAUGGAUGGAAUGAAGCUUUUCAGUAAACACGACUUUCCCAUCUGGAUCGGACUUCACAGACAUGACGGCUCAUGGAAAUGGAGUUUAGGCCUCAAGGAGGACAAAUACUGGAACUUGGGGCCGAGUGACAACAAGGACUGUGUAAGCAUCACUUCAGCGACAAAGAGUCUGGCUGCCGAGAACUGCCAGACCCUUCAUCCGUUCAUCUGCAUGAACGACAACCUGAUCCUGGUAAAGGAGGAAAAGAGCUGGGAGGAGGCGUUUGAGCACUGCCAAGGCCUUGGAUUCAACAGCAACCUCCGCUUCAAUCUGCUCAGCGUGAAGCCUGGAGAUGAACACAACUAUGUGGUGAACAGAAUAACGGAGGCCGACACCGAAGAGGUUUGGACCGGUCUGCGUUUCCUGGGAGAUGAAUGGCUGUGGAUAAAUGGGAAAGAUGUGUUGUACACUGACCUGCUGCAAUGCCCCCCGCUGGGCUCUCACUGUGGGGCCAUCUCUAAGAACGACAGCAGCGCCGUGGCCGCCAGAGACUGCCUGGAGAGAAAAAACUUCCUCUGCUACAGCUACUAAUGUCACCAAAAGCAUCUGAGUGUUUCUGCAACAAACAUCCUGCAGAAACGUCCAGCCAUCGUCUUGAAACUCUAGAUUCAGAGAAUGAGUUCACAGAAACAUGCAUAGCUACAUAUCUAAGUUAUUAAUUAUUAGUCUGUAAUUGAAAGUUAAUCUGUCAGAGUUAGAGYGAAUGAUUGACAGGAUUUUGCUGAUAGAAAUGUAAGGAAAUCAAAAUACUGUACUAUCCUUAGAAAGUGUUCAGCUUGUGUUUUAAUGUUUUAAAAAUGCUUUUAUCUUUGGAGAAAGUGGCUAAAACUGUUUAAGUCUGAAUAAGUUUCUGCGGUCAUCAUGAUUUCUUUAAAAAAAKAAUAAAAAUGGCUCUUCYAUCACACCUUUUCUAAAAGUCAGUAGUUAAAAAAUCAGUUUAUCUAAAGACUUUAAAAUGAGCAUAGAUUCAGUCAUGAAAUAAAUGUU